AUGACUGUUCAAACUCCAAAACAGCCAGUUUUGUCUACCAAAACCACCACAAUGAACCAAAAUAAAAUAACCACAAUUGAGGGACACUUAACCAGGACGGAGAUUACUUCAUCUGAGCAGCCUUUAGCCACAAAACUGGAUCAAACAACAUCCAAUGAAACUCCAAACAAGCCAUUUUUGUCCACCAGCAGCAGCAGCACCACCACCACCAAGACCACUGUUAUCCAAAACAAAAUGACCACCAUUAAAAAAGACCCAACCAGUACAGAGAUUACCUCUAAAGAAACUCCAAACAACUCACCCUUGUCCACCACCACAGAGAUCGAAAAUAGAAGAACCACUGAGGUAAAAUCAACCACAGGUCAUCUCAGAACCUCAAUUGGGCAGCCUUCAACCUCAGAGGUGAAUCAAACCAGACCCAUGACUAAUCAAACUCCAAAUCAGCAAGUUCUGUCCACCACCACCACAUUGACCCAAAGCAAAGUAACCACCAGUGAGGAAGACUUAACCAGUACAGAGAUGACUUCCUUUGAGCGACUGUCAACCUCACUGGUGGAUCGAAAGACAUCCAUUCCUGAAGAAACUCCAAACAACUUACUCUUGUCCACCACCCCAGAGACCCCAAAUAAAAGAACAACCACUGAGAUAAAAUCAACGACCGGUCACCUCAGAACCUCAUCUGUGCAGCCUUCAACCUCAGAGGUGAAUCAAACCAGACCCAUGACUGAUGAAACUCCAAGCCAGCCACUUUUGUCCACCACUACCACCACAAUGACCCAAAACAAAAUAACCACCACCGAAAGAGACUCAACCAGUACAGAGAUUUCCACAUCUGCGCAGCUUACAACCCCAGAACUGGAUCAAACAACAUCCAUUUCUGUGAACCCAAACAUUGAAAGCUCAACUGAGUUAGAAUCAACCACUGGUCAUCUCAGCACAGAUAUUACCUCAUCUCAGCAGCCUUCAACCCCAGAGGUGGACCAAGCAGGACCCACUACUGGUGUAACACCAAACCAGCCAUUUUCGACUAUCACCACAGUGACCGAAAACAAAAUAACCACUGAAAGAGAUGCAACCAGUACAUACAUUAUCUCAUUUCUGCCAUUUUCAACUCCAGAACAGAACCACAUUACAUCCAUUCCUGUCCAAACUCUAUACAAAUCACAUUAUUCCACCCCCGCUACUGUGAAUUCAAACAAACGAACCACCAGUGAGGUGGACUCAACCACCGGCCAUCUCAAGACAAUGGACCAAACAAGACCCAUUACUCAACAUGUGAUCAAACUGGGAGUGACACUCACGUCCAAAAGACAACUGAGUGAAGAUGACAUCAAAGAACUGGUAUUAGUGCAGUUUCACAAUCUACUGAUAGAAAUGGGACUUCCUAAAAGCAUCAAGGUCGGCUUGAAGAGACCAGUGAAAUAAAGGGAUGGAGGAAUUAAUGAAGGAGCGGUGAAGAGAUGAAGAGGAGAGGAAAACUGAGAAGAGAGACCGAGUUAUCUUCUUUUUAAAUGCAAGUCCUGAAAAGGAUGUUGCAUUUUCCCACUUUUAUCUGUCUUUUGACCAUAUGAAAAAAAUAAUUCAAUCCAAUUUGCUUUAUGUUUAACCGCCUAAUGGACAUUUUGUCCUAUCUCUUAAACAGCUUUUUUUAAUGUAAUGGGGGUAUUUUCAACUUCUUAUUUAUAUAUGUGUUUUUUCUGAGGUUAUACCAGUUUCAUGUUCUAAAUUGGGGACUUGGAUUUUUUUAUCGCGAUAAUUAUUUUCUCAAGUGUGCACAUUUAGCUGGUUUUACUAUCAUCAUGCUACAAACACUUGUUGCUUGCAGCUUAAUUGGAUUUAUGACUAGAUGGCGCUCAAAUCUUUGUAUUCUGCCAUGACUUUCUCCAGGUUGGCUCUUUUGUGGAAUGGUCCUUCAUGACAUCUUGCAAGCUUCAUAUCCUCUGUAUCUUUAUCUAGUGUGCUCAAUAUAACAAUCUUUGCUUUGUCUUUUUGUUCAUAAAGUAAAAAAACAAACAAACAAAAAAAAAUGGGGUCAUUGGGUGUCUUGGGAAUCUUGGCAAUGUCUGGUGAUAAAAGGAAAUGAAAGAUAUGUACAGCAAUGAACUACUUUUACAAGGCAAUGUACAGCUAUAAAAUAUACAACCCAAAG